AUGGCGACUGUGGCGCUUUUGGUACUCUGGCAUCUGAACGGGCAGUAUGAUGGCUUUGCUUUGCUCACUUCAAAUCAUUACUCCUGGACAUAUGGGCCGACUGCAAUACUCGUCCUGAUCGUUGCAAUUUGGAGGCAGAUUGACCAAUACUGCAAGGUUCUUACACCAUGGACGACGCUGCGAAGAGAAAACGCUCAAGCCGACGACAGUGUUUCCCUCGAUUAUGUUUCGCCGCUUCAAGUCCUCAGUCUGUGGAGUUCCUUCAAAAACGGGCAUUAUGUCGUAUCCAUUACAGUCCUCUCCUUCCUAUUGUUGAAGCUUAUCACGCUGGCAUCCACGGGCUUGUUCUUCACCGACCAAAGGGUAUUGACGGCUUCCGACGUGGCCUUCACAACUACAACAGACUUUGACGGCUCUGCGUUCAAUGCGACUUCAUAUCUAGGCGUCGCAAAUCCUUCUUAUUUCUACACCGCUUACGCUGAUAUGGUCAAGGGUCUCGCAGACAUCGAGGGAACUCAAGGACACCUCGUCUACCAGGUUAUAUCUCCACCACCAAGCGCGGUCUCGCUCAAUGCUACCAUGACAGCCAUUGUCGAUGUCUUCGUGCCUUCGUUCAAUUGCGGCAAGGCUGUCGUGUCUGCCAAUCUUCAGCCCGCGAACUCGACGGAUCAGGAUCCUGAAGACACAUUGAACUUGCAUUCUCCAGCGUGCGAGCUUCUCGCAGGAGCAUUACCCAUUUACGCUCUGAAUCCGGCAUUGUACGAAUGUCCUAAGCGGCAGUUGAGUGGUCUGAUGCAACGAGUAGAUUGUUCCGGUCGAAAUUCCACGACAUUGUCUGGCAAUUGGCAGCUAUUGACAAUGACGGAUAUGCGCUAUGAGCAGACCGUUGCCAAAGCACCCGAGGACACAUUAGAUGGAGAUUUUGAAGCAAGCACAUGGUCCACCAGUAUUGCAAACAUUACAGCCAUCGUCUGUCGCCCGAGUUACGCAAUUGUAAGGCAGAGCCUCACGUAUGAUCUGUCCGAAAGUCCUCCAACGAUCACGGUUGGCGACAUCAAUGACCCGAGACCCCGAAGUCUGGACGGUUUCCGCGACGAAGACCUCGCCCAGCUGUUCAGCUCAGCUUAUGUGGAUGCCGCCCUCAUGUUUGGCAACAAAGCCGAUCAGCCAACAGCCGAGGAAUACCCAGACACUUUGUUCCAGACCAUGGCUCAAGUUAGUGGUGGCAAUUACGAAGCCCUGCUAGACCAGGACAUUAUGAUCCGAGCUGCAGAGAAAGUGUUUGGUCAUGUCGCGGCCCAGAUCGCCGCCGAAGUUCUGGUGCAAAGCCGAACCCGCUCUGUGGCUGGUGAAAUGUCAUUCCCAGAGGAGCGAUUGUAUAUGAGGCCAUUCGCGGUCUGGAUGUUAGCCGGCGGCUUCAGCAUCCUCAUCAUAUUAUCGCUCUUCGUUUUCUUCGGCCGGCCCAUCAAAAUCGUGUCCCGCGACCCGGAUCACGUCACCAGCAUGGCAUGGUUACUCUCACGGAGCCCUGCUUUCGAGAACCUGCUGAUGUCUUGUUUAUCCCAUGGUCAGCCCUCUCUUGAUCGGAUGCUGCAGGAGUACGAAUAUUCCGGCGCUCUCAACGCUGAUGGUAUCUUGGUUAGCAGGGUUGUGGUGCAAGCACAACCCAUCGAUGCCACGACUAAGAGAAGCACAGAAUCAACCAACGACUGGUGGAGGCCAUUGUUCCUUCAGCUUCCCAUGGUCAUCCUAUCAUUGGUGCUUCCGUGCAUUCUGAUUGCCAUUCUCGAGGUACUUCAUCGACUAUCAAGCAGAGCGGGCGGGAUCGCGAUUCUGGCUGGCUCUGGCAGUCUUUCAACGGCACUAUCUACAAGAUUUAUGCCUGCCUUGACGCUACUCCUGGUCGCAACGUCCUUCAAUGCGUUGGACUUCAACAUCGCUGUGCUUGCUCCAUAUCACGCGCUGAAAACUAGAAGCAAGGGUACGAAGUCAUCUAAUUGCGGUCCAUUGCUUGGUAAAAUUCCAGUCGCUGCGCUCUGGACAGCAUUGAGAAAUCGAUAUAAUAGCGCCUUCUUAUCUGGACUUGCCGCCCUACUCGGUAGCUUGCUCACGAUCGUUGGCUCCGGUCUUCUUACCGUCGAAGAAGUUGCGAUGUCCGCGGCUGCUGGCUCGUCAUUCCGAAUGCUUGACAGUUUCGACCAGACUUGGACUAACAGCGUCUUGAACGACAACGGAGCGGCAGUAGUCAGCAGCUUAAUUGAGGCAGCAAACUUGAGCUAUCCACCCAAUACUUAUGAAGAUGUUGCUUUUCCCCGGCUUCAACUAUCCGACGGAUAUUCUGGGAGUGUCGCAAACACCACGCUGCUGAAUACUAAUAUACCUGCACUACGGGCCUCGCUCCGGUGCGAGAGUCUGAACAGUACUCAGUACAAUGUGACUGCUUCUUUCAAUUCCCACAUCCUUUCUUCCAGCAUCUUUGUGCAAGCGGCCUACAGUCUUCCUCCGCAUUGUCUGCUUGGCGGCCCUGGUGGGAACCUCUCAACAUUAAAAUUCGAAUAUUCGUUUCAGCUGCCCAGCUCUACGAAUGCAAGCUUCAUGGCCAAGAUGCUUGACCUGCAUGUCGGACCGUUCUCCGGGCCAUUCGCAGACAGCUCAGAUGAGAUCUCCCCAUACACCCAGCCAGACAACCCUGUCGGCUGUCCCUCGCUAGGAUUCAUCUACGGCUUCGCGAAUGUCAACAAUAUUGGUCGAAACACCAUCGCUACGAUGGUGUGCUAUCAGGUCCUGGAAGAACUGCAAGUAAACACUACGUUGGCAACGAGAGAUCUCACCGUCCCAACGUCCAACCCUCCAAUUGUUGGACCAGAUCCCUUUGAUGACCCACUUUUAACGUCGACAGAAGCACGCAAUAUUACGAAGAACGCCCUUUCCUAUCGGAUCCAAGUCCAUACGGACCAAUCGCUCUCACUAUUCAACCAAACGCAAUACUCGUCCAGUAGCAUUGUUGGGCCCGCCAUUGUCGACAACUUCUUCCAAGCGGUGUUUUUCGGUCGAACGCCGCUACCACAGGACGCGAUGAGAGACUCAUCCGCCAUGAGCAGGCAAAGCGUCCGCACGGCAAUACAGGCAUUCUAUCGCAGGUACAUGGCGCAGGCAAUAUCGGCGAACAUGCGGGUAAGCUUGGCUCCGUCGACGGCAGCAGCAUCAGCAUCGCCGAACGACUUGCGGGCUACAGUGCUCAACAUCCGCACGCCUGUGUUACGUCAGAAUGAACUGUCCAAGAUCAUCCUCCAGGUUCUUCUGGGUAUCAUGUUCUUGUGUGGGUUGACUGCGGUACUGCUUAACCCAAUCAAGAACGUGGUGCCGUAUAACCCAUGUACGAUCGCGGGAUCGGCUGCACUGCUGGCCGGAAGUCGACUCGUGAGGGAGGCCGCUAAGGAAUAUGAGACCUUAUCAGUGAAAGACUCGGAGGAUUUAAGGCUCAGAUUAGGGUGGUGGGAGAGUGACGAUGAUGUGGUUGCAGAUGGAGAUAGUGGCCAAGAGGCUUGCGGUAGAAGGUACGGGAUUGAUGAGUUGAACAAAAUCGGGUAA